UUGUCAGAGGAAAGAGUAAGUCGAGUUGACAGAAGUGCACCAACUAGCAUACCAACACUUAAGACACCCAGUAAGUUAAUCGCUAACAGUAUUGAAGAAAAUGAAACAACGAAUGAAACAUGGGGUGUGCAUGAGAAAUGCGACGAAAAGCUGAAGAACGUCUGUGUGCAAACGACGGCGAGCGGCCAGUUCGCUCAGCAAACAGUAGGACCGGCUGGCAGAACGGCAGACGAACGACUCGAACGGAUGCCGAACGACAAUUCUACUUCAAGUGCAAUGGCUAGUUUCGAUGAAGGUGGACGGUGGACAGGAAAGAAUGUGCAAAAAAACCGUGAAAAACCUAUGAAAAUCAGUGGUGUUGGAUUCGCUUUAGAAAUUGGUGCCCGACUUUUUGCGCAGUUGGCAAAGCUUUGGGAAGUAGGUGUCUGCGAAUUGGGGAAAACCAUUGCUGCUCAAAAAAGCACUUUCGAUACAUGA